GCCCCAGGGAAGAGAGCGAGGCCAGGCAUCCCGCCUCAGAAGAAAGGGCGCCUUGCGCAUGCGCGCUAACCACUCCUGCCCGGGGGGUGGGCAUUCGCCCCAACCUCACGGCUUUCACUGAACCAGUCCGGGUGCCUGACGUCAGGGCGCCGGCGCGUCCCGCUCCUCUCUCGGCGUGACGCACGCGCAAAAGCAGUCGGAGUCUUUGAAGUACAGCAAAGAAGUGAAAUCCAUUGAGAAUAGUCUGUAAAGAUCCUGAAUAUUGGGAUUGAUCAUGUCAUUCCGAUUUGGACAACACCUCAUCAAGCCCUCGUUUGUGUUUCUGGAGACUCAACUGUCCUUCGCGCUUGUAAACAGGAAGCCAGUGGUCCCUGGGCAUGUCCUUGUUUGCCCACUCCGGCUUGUGGAGCGUUUCCGCGAUCUGCAUCCUGAAGAAGUGGCUGAUUUAUUUCAAACAACACAAAUGGUUGGAAAUGUGGUGGAGAAACAUUUCUGUGGCACUUCACUCACCAUUUCGAUUCAGGAUGGUCCUGAAGCUGGGCAAACUGUGAAGCACGUUCAUGUCCAUGUACUUCCAAGAAAGGUUGGAGACUUCAGCAGAAAUGACAGUGUCUAUGAUGAGCUGGAACGUCACGACAAAGGAGAAGAGGACUCCCCUGUCAAGUGGAGGUCUGAGGAUGAAAUGGCAGCCGAAGCAGCAAGCCUGAAGAAAUAUUUUCAGUAAAAUCUGAGGUGAGACAAUCUGGAACAAAUCCUGGAGCAUAAGAAAACCAAAAAAGGGACUCGUUCUCCAAGUGCUCUGUGACAUUGGAUCUGCAGCUAACCAGCUUAGAUGACAUUCCACAAACAAUGGAUUCAUCCAUGAAACACUUUAUUGUACCAUUGGAUAGUGGAGGAGUUGAAUUUCACCUAAGACGACUGACAGACUGGAUUCAACACAAGCUUUUGCAUAAUGGCUCAGACUUUCGAAUGAUGUACUUGGGAAAGAAUCUUUUAAAAUUGGCCCUGGCCCUAAACUGAAAUUAAAUAUUAGCAGCAAUAUUUGUCUAGUGUGUUAUGUUACAUUUAUCUGGCUACAUUACAAAACAUUGGCUCCAUGUUGUGCCUAACAAUAUUCUGUUUGUAAUGUAUUGUAGUGCAGAAAAAUUACGUUUUUCAGUACUAGUAUGCGUCUCAGAAACCAAAGCUUUGUUAUAGCCUGCAUGCGAUAAGCCUGGAGAGUUACCAUUUUGCUAGAUAAGAUUAUUGAAUAUGAAAUGCAUAAACUUUCUUAAGAUCAUACAUUCCUCUCUUACUUCGACUGUGUUAGUACAAAGCUGUAAGGGCUUAAAAUAAUGCAAUACAUUUUAGGGAAUUCAUCAAAAUGUGAAGCUGCUCAUGUGAUAUUCAGCACGUUACAGCCUAUGAUGUAAGGGUUGUUGCUUGCAACAAAACGUGUUAACUUUGGUUGGUUGUUAUUCACGUGACGUACUCGCUCAGUAAUAACGCUCAUCUGCAGAGCUUCUCUGAGGAGCCUCUGCACACAUUUAGCAAU